CUUUAAGGUGAAGGAAGCUAAUUUGUAAGAAAUGAGAUCACGAAUCUGUUUUGACACUUGCAAGAAAAAUGCAGAAGAAACCACCGAACAGAAUGUAACGUGGAGAUUACAUUGAGAAUGAUAUAAGUCUUUUACGGCUUGGGUAAGGAAAUUAUGGCUGAAGCAAAUCUUGCGACUUCAACUCCAAAGAAGAGUCAAACUUUACCACCAAACACCCACCUUUCACCAGUUGUUGGUUCUUCAAAUGGAAACUUCUUCACCAAAAUAAAGAAAAUCUUUCGAUUUAACAGCAAGGGUAAAUAUGAUUUUGCAAGUGCUGAAUUCCACCCAAAAUCUAGAAAGAAAAGAGAUGAAUUUGACGAUGAUUUUCGUCGUGGAAAACCAGCUUUGAGGUCAAGCUCAGUUCGUGUAGCACAUCGUAAUAGUUUUCUUGAUAAAGAAGAGGUGGUGUUAACAUCAGAAGGACGAGUAUUACUAAAAGAGAGUCUCCUUCAACCAGCUUUAAACCAAGAGCCCACAUCAAGUUUAUCUACUGGGGUAGGGGCUGAACUGGAAGAUGUAUUUGAGGAACCAGGCUACGAAAGUCUGGAUGAAAUUCGACGUAAAGUUAUAACACAUGAAGAGAAAAUAAACACAAAAUCUUUGGUUCAACGGUCUCAAUCUGAAAAACUUCCACCAGCGUCAAGGGAUCUGUUUUUAGAGAAACAUAUGAAAAAUUCUAUUCUUAAUAAAACAUCACUAUGUGUAGAUCAUGUUGCAGAUGAUUCGAGUCGUGACAGUGGAUUAGGAAGUCCUCGUACUGAUGAUCGAACUAGAGACAGAAAUGUUAAUAGUGCUACCAGUUCUGUAUUUAGUGAUACUACUUUAUCUAUAGGUGACGCUAACAUUGAUCUCCAAAAAGAGGAAGGCAUCAAACCUCAAAACAGACCUAACAGCUGUCCAUGGCAGAAACCUGCUGUUGAUGUCAGAAAUCAUGAAACUAGACAUAGUUCCGAUUUAUCUAAUACCAAAUCUGGUGAAACCGAGGAAUCACUGUAUGCUAACAGUUCAAUAUUAAUACGCAAACGAUCUCAAUAUCAGUCGGAUAAAUCAGUUAAUCCAAAAUCAUCUGAUUUGAGUUUACCAAGAGACAGACGUUCUGAUUGUGACACAGGAAAUUUACAUCAAAAUCUAACUGGAAAAUGUGUUUCUGAAAAUAAUUUAUCAAAUCAAAAGUUGGUAAUAAGUCGAGCAUUUUCAGUGAAUGAAGCUAAUAAUAUGCCCCCUCCACUUCCGCUCAGACAAUACACAAAAUCAGAAGCUGUUAAUAUGGUCGCAGAUAUUUCUAAACCAACCAGUGAUUGUGACCCUGCUACCCCACACCAAACAGAUCAUGUGACUGAUGAUAACUUUAAUGAUACAGAAAAUCUUAAAUCUGGUUUUGCUAUUUAUGAAGACAUUGACUCGACCCGAUUAUCGGCCAAUAAACUAAAAAAUGAUGACAAUGAGAAAAGAGAUGAGAAACCAUCAUCAUCCUGUACAGUCAUUCACUCUGAUAACCCUGACAGUCAUCCAAUAUCUCAAUCAUUACAAUUACACAAAGAUAAACUGUGUACUACCUCAACUGAGUUAGAUUUAAUGAAGAAUGAUGGUCAUCUAUUUGCAGAAUCUGAAACUGUUCCCGGUCGUCAAGUAAGUAAUUGUGAUGUUGAAAAUAAAACAUUCGACGUUCAUGAUUUCAUCGCUAAGCAAGAUUUUAGUCCAUUGAUCAUUGAAAAGGGUGCAUCAUCAACAUCUUUGAGUAAAGAAAGAAGUGUAAAUUCCAGAUUCUAUGGUUGUGAAUUUGACUCCAAUGAAGUCGAAAACAAAAAUUCUAUUGUUCAAAAUUCAUGUUCUCAUGUGAAAGAUAACUAUCGUCAUUCAUCAUCAUCAUCACCUAAUUCUACCACCAAUCUUAUAUCAAAUAUCAACAUAUCAAACCAAAGUGCUGAAACCAUUACUUCCAAAAAUUGCAAUUCAGUUCGGCAACAAAGUAGCAAUGUCUUAGAAUUAAGGAAAGACCUGAACAGUAAAAAUAAACAGAAUAAUGAAUAUCAAUGUGCUGACACAAGUCUGACUGACACAAAUCUGACUGACACAAAUCUGACUGACACAAGUCUGACUGACACAAAUCUGACUCACACAGAUGGACGUUGUUGUAAUGAAACUGACACAAAUCUGAUUAAAUAUAAUUCUGUAGAAGAAGAUAGUUCUUCAGGCCUGUGUGAUUUCCAAGACGUUUUACCGCCACCACCACCCCUUGAUUUACAAGAAGUAGAUGAAAUGAUUGCUCAGAUUCGAUUAAUUGGCAAUAAAAACUCAAAUAAGAAAGGAAGUGCUAAAAAUCGUCCUGUAAGUAGCUCACAUAUUGAAGUACAUAAAUGUAUCCCAAAUGUCACUCACAACCAAAAUGGCGCUGGUGUGUCUGUGUGUGAGGAUGAAUCGAGUGAAGGUAAAACCACCGCUCAACAUACUUCCUCCAAGAAAAUUCAAUUCAAGGAAAAGGAAGUAAUCCAUAUGUCAUGGUCGGAACUACAGCUUCAGAUGCGUGAUAAUCAAAGAGAUAGUAGUGCUACAUGUAUCAGUAGUGGUGAAGAGGCAGAUGAAAGUAGUUCUGCAGAUGAAGAAAUCAACAAAGUUAUGACUGAAUCAACUGAAAUUAAACAUAAGGAUUUCCUGGAGAAUAUGAGACAGUUACGUGAUUGUGGAUGGUAUUGGGGUCCAUUAAGUUAUGAAGAAGCCGAAGCUAAAUUAAUGAAUAAACCGGAUGGAUCAUUUUUAGUACGAGAUAGUUCUAAUGAAAACUAUAUCCUAUCAUUAUCAUUUACUUGUAAUAAUAUAGUACAUCAUACACGUAUAGAACAUCAUAGAGGUGUAUUUAGUUUCUGGUCUCAACCAUUAUCCCAUGGUAAAGAUACUAUCAGAGAAUUUAUAGAACAAGCUGUUGAAAACUCCAAAAAUGGAACAUUUCAUUACUUUCUGCGCCCGUCUGGUCCUGGUACGCCACCACUUCCUAUACGACUAGUUCACCCGAUAUCACGUUUCUUCAGAUUACAGUCCCUACAACACAUGUGUCGCUUUCUUAUUUUACGUUGGGUUCGGAGAGAUCAUAUUGACACUCUUCCUGUUCCUGAAAAAGUGAAGAAUUAUUUACGAGAAAAUCAGUAUUAUGUAGAGUCACUGGAGGAAGAUUAAGAGUUUGUGUAACACUGAUGGACGGUGUUUUUAUACGCCCACAUUUUCAUGUGGACGUAUAUUGUCGUCGCCCCUGUCCGUCCGGACGUCUGUCCAUCCGCAAUUGUUUGUGAACAGUCUACAGGUCACAAUUUUUAUCCAAUUUCAAUGAAACUUGAAAUAUAGGUUUAUCACCCAAAGAUCUUGGUUCCUUUCGAUAUUAGCAUGCAUCGGACUGUAACUUCAUGGAUUAUGGCCCCUGAUUGUACGAAAAAUCAUGUUUUUAGCUUGUGAACACUGUAGAGGUCACAAUUUUUAUCCGAUUUUGUUGAAACUUGAAAUGUAAGUUUAUAACCCAAAGAUCUUGGUUCCUUUCGAUGUUUGCACAUAUCAGACUGUAACUUCCUGAAUUAUGGCCCCUGAUUGUACGAAAAAUCGCGUUUUUAACUUGUGGACCCUAUAGAGGUCUUAAUUUUUAUUUGAUUUAAAAAAACCUAUUAUUAUAUCACCAUUACACCCUAAGGACGGCUGAGUUCAAUUUCGUGAAAAUCGGCUUAAAACUGACAGACAAAAUGGCCGCCCUUCGUUCUCAAAUAGCGUAAAAAUGUGGUAUAUCAAGGUUAUGGACCCUAAAGAGGUCAUAAUUUUUAUCUGAUUUUGUUGAAACUUGAAAUGUGAGUUUAUUACCCAAAGAACUCGGUUCCUUUCGAUAUUCGUGCAUAUCGGAACGUAACUUCCUGAAUUAAUGCCCCUGAUUGUAAGAAAAAUCGCGUUUUUAGCUUGUGGACCCUAUAGAGGUCUUAAUUUUUAUCCGAUUUAAAAAAACGUAUUAUUAUAUCACUGUUACACCCUAAGGACGACUGAGUUCUCAAAUAGCGUAAAAAUAUGGUAUAUCAAGGUUGUGAACCCUAUAGAGGUCAUAAUUUUAAUCCAAUUUUGUUGAAACUUGAAAUGUAAGUUUAUAGCCCAAAGAUCUUGGUUCCUUUCGAUAUUUGCGCAUAUCGAAUUGUAAUUUUCUGAAUUAUGGCCCAUGAUUGUACGAAAAAUGUGGGCGUAUCCUGCCUUGCAGCCGCUGGUUUUUUGUUAAUCUAUAAAAUGAUAAUUUGAUCAGUACUUGAGUUGAGUGUUUGGAUAGUAUUUUUGAUGUAUUUGUCUAUAGUACAUGUAAAUUACUGGUAAACAUGUUGGGGGUUUUAUUUAGACUUUAGAUUAGUGACGGAACAUAGAAUGGUACUGAAUAAUAAAUAAAGAAACAGUAUCUUUUUGUAUUUACGUUAGUUUUACAGGCCAAGUUAUUUGUAUAGCGAAACAUGGGUAAUAUGAUUAUAAACUCUCAUUGUAGCUAAAUAUACAACAAGAAAUCAUGCUUGGAUAAUAUGAUAGUUUUAAAUCUGUUUGUGUUUAGUAUAUCAGUUGGGACUGUAAAAUAUUUGUUUCUAGCUUUAUUACAAUUUAAAUGUGCACAAGGAACUUUUAAAAUGCAAUAUCAUCUGAAAUGUAUUUAGCAAUAUUGGUGUAUAUUGUACUACUAUGUACAUUUCACUAUACCUUAAUGUCACAUAUCAAACGGUCAUGCUAUAUUCUUAUCUGCAGAGCUUGCGCAAUAAUUACUAUCGGUGUAGACUGGAAUAACCAGAUUGCCAUUCGAUGGAGAUUUCUGGUGUAUUUCACCGAACAUAACUGAUUUGAAAUUGGAGUAAAAACGGAAACAAUUGAACGUAAAUCAUUUUAAUACAUUCAUAUUAUAUUUGUUAUUUUCUACGUCCCAAAUAUUAGCGAUAUAGCUUUUAUAAUAAUUUAUAUCCAGAUAACUUACGCUUUUCAAAUCCAUUUUUAUUAUUCUGUAUUUAGUGUAUAUUCGUUCACUAUUCUCUUAAUUUAUUGAAAACUUUAUGUUGGCAUGAAUUAUCGAAGGCAUAAUAUUGGUAGAAUAAUAUUAUUAUUUACUUAUUUCUAAAAUGAUCAUUUUUCUCAUGAUCAUUUUACAAUUUGACUUAGAUUGGAUGAUGUCAAAUUCUCAAUUUUUUGCUCAUAAGUGGUCUGUUAAGCUUAUACAUGUAUUAUUUGUGAAUUUGUCCUUACAAAAUAUAUUUAUGUCUUGAUGUAUGUUUGUACUCAGCUUGACCAAUUUCAAAGAAUGGUAUUUUCAAUGAAGCCAGAUUUGUGUAGAAUUACAGUUUUCUGUGGUCAGAUAAUAAACAUUCUAGAAGAGUUAUCUUACCUUUAAAAAGACAUCAAAUUAGGUGGAUAAUUAAAGAUAAUUAUAAAAGAUUUAGGUAAAGAGCUGUGACAGUUCUCGCUAUAAUAGUUCAAUAAAAGAUCUGAAUUACUUCAUUCAGAGCAAAGUUAUGAACGUUUUAAGAAUGGCACAGUCACGAUUUUCAUUGCUAUCAUUGUUACAACUAUAGACAAAGUCACAAUUAUCCAUUUUUAUAAGCCCACAUUUUCAUGUGGACUAUAUUGCCGUCGCCCUGUCCGUCCAUCAACAAUUUAUUUGUGGACACUCUACAGGUCACAAUUUUUAUCCGAUUUUGACAAUACCUUGAAAUAUAGGUUUAUCUCCAAAAGAUCUCGGCUCCUUUCGAUAUUGGCAUGUAUCUGAUAUUGGCAUGUAUCGGAUUGCAACUUCAUGAAUUAUAACUCCUGAUUGUACGAAAAAACAAAUUUUUAGCUUGUGGUCACAAAUUUUAUCUGAUUUAGAUGAAACUUGAAAUAUACACUCUACAGGUCACAAUUUUUAUCCGAUUUUGACAAUACCUUGAAAUAUAGGUUUAUCUCCAAAAGAUCUCGGCUCCUUUCGAUAUUGGCAUGUAUCUGAUAUUGGCAUGUAUCGGAUUGCAACUUCAUGAAUUAUAACUCCUGAUUGUACGAAAAAACACAUUUUUAGCUUGUGGUCACAAAUUUUAUCCGAUUUAGAUGAAACUUGAAAUAUAUGUUCAUAACCUAAAGAUCUUGGUUCCUUUCGAUAUUCACACAUAAUGAUGGUUUAGUUUGAAUUUCAUGAAAAACGGACCAAAGUUGUGUGACAAAAUGGCUGCUACUUGUAUUCAAAUAGUGUAAAACCAAGGUUGUGGACCCUCUAGAAUUCUUGAUGAAACUUAAAAUAUAAGUUUAUGUCCAAAAGAUCUUGGUGCCUUUCGAUAUUCGUGUAUAUCGGACCUUAACUUACUGGAUUAUGACCCCUGAUUGUACCAAAUUUUUUUUUUAGCUUGUUCUCUAUCCAUCUCUUUCAAAACGUGAGCGUAUCUUGAAUGGCAAACCGCUUGUUAAAUUAGAUAAUUAAAUGGCGAUCACUUUUCAGUCCGUUAAAAAUCACAACCACCGGAUGGUUUGGAUAGUUGAUUAUGGGCAAGAAAAAGAUCUGUAAUAAUUCAUGUAUAAUUUACGUUUUAAUUAUCUGAUGUGGUCUAUUUUCAAUAAUUUUUGGUAAAUAAUGUUUAGUGUUAUUUGGCUUCAUAUGCAGGAGUUUUGAUAUAAAGGUUGAGGCAGUAGCACCUAGAGAAAGAUACGAGGUACACUGUCAAAGAAUUCCAGAGAAAAGUUAAAUUGUUUUAUUAAUGUGUGAUUCUUUGUUUGUAUUAUUUUAAUUUAAUCUAUUGUUAUUGUAUCAAUAAUUUUAUUUAAUAAAACAUGUCGCAAAUAUUUUUAUUUUUCACUUUAUUUGAAGGUAUUUAUUGAUUUAGAUUUAGAAAUGGAUGAUUAUAAGGUUAUUGGACCCAGUGAUAAUUGAAUAUCAUGUAGCUUACAGUUGUUAAUUUUAUCAUAUAUUCAGACAUUUUCUUGUUCAUAUUUAUUAUUAUCUUGAUAGCUCAUCUGUGUACAUCUUCCCUUUUUUACACACCAUCAUGUGGAUGUAUAUUGUCAUCACCCUUGUCCGUCUCCACGUCCAUUUGUAUUUGGUUUUAGACUCUAGCUCUCUGUACAGGCCAAUUUUGACGAAAGUUGAACUAUAGGUUAAUAACCCAAAGCUCUCGUUAACUUCAUGGAUUAAGGCCCAUGAUUGUACAAAAAAUCAGGUUUUUAUCUUCUAUACCUUCUACGGGUCACAAUUUGUUUCUGAUUUAAAUGAAGCUUGAAAUAUAUCCCAAUGAUCUUGGUUCUGUUUGAUAGCUUGUGGACAAUCUAAAGGUCAAAAUUUUUUAUUUCAUUUUAAAACAAUUCCGAAUAUAUCACCGUUCUACUAUAAUUAUGGUUGAGUUUGAAUUUUGUGAAAAUUGGAUCAAAACUUCACCUCAAAAUCGUGGAAAAUCCAAAGAUCUUGGUUCCUUUCAAUAUUGAUACGUAUCAGACCGUAACUCCCUGGAAAUAUGACCCCUGAUUGUAUGAAAACUAACGGUUUUAGCUUCUUGACCCGCUAGAGAACUGUUUAUGUCCCAAUUUGCUGUAUUUUGGUAUCUAUGGAAUCUGAGCUUCUUGGAUUAUGGCCCCUGAUUGUACAGUUUGUGGACCCCUGGAGGAGACAAUUUUAGAUAGAGCUUUAAACAUAUGUUAGGCAUCAGUUUGAUUUCAUGCCCCUGCCUUUUAUGCAAAAUGUUAAAUAUUUACAAAGUUUGUGGACCCUCCAGAGGUGGCAAUUAUUGUCCAAUUCACUUGAAACUUAAAAUAUGUGUUUAAGAAUCACAUUUCUUGGAUGAGUUUGAUUUUGAUACACAUCUGGCCUUUCAUUCUAAAGUUAUAGCCCCUGGUUUUUAAGGGAAAUGUGACAUGUAUGAAGUUUGAGGACUCUCCAAAGCUUGUUAAUUUCUUGUUGUUGAAUUAUUUAGUACAAACACUUGUAUUCCACAUCAAACUGUGAGUAAACUGGUGAAUAUUGUUGUUAUUAUAAUCAACAUAGUAAACAACGGUUCAUUGUUUCCUGAAAACUAUCCAAAAGCCUUGAUCAACUAAAGGACACUAUUAUUAAAUCUGAGCACGAGUACCUGAAGCAUUCAGACAAUGAGAGGAUCAGCCCUUUUGAUUUUCCCCCAUUCUCCGUCCAUCUUUGCAAAAUCUGGGCGUAUCUUGCAUGGCAACUGCUUAUUUUAAUUUAGAAGUCAAUUAUCUUCAAAAUAAAAAUAAAUUAAAAAAUU